UGUUUCAAUGUUCGAUCGUCCAACAAGUGUUGUUUGUAUUUUAUACGAAUUUUUUCAUUUAUACCAUACGUAUCAUCGUUAUUUAUCCUUUUUGUGAUCAAUCCAUUCAUUAUUAAUGCACAGUGAUAAACGUUUUAAUUAAUAAAAAUCAUUCCCGCCGUUUUGUCGAAGAUUUUACGAUGACAAAAACACACCGACUUACUGGCCACGGCCAUAUUGUGCUAAAUAAUCUUACCUAAACAAGUCAUCUAUAUCUAGAAAGUCAACCUCAUUACACGUUUACGAAACAACGAAUCGUGCCAUUUCUAAUCCUCUGUUGUAAGCGAUAUAAUCGACGAGUACAAUGGAUCUUGCAAUCAGAGAAAGUUCCAGUGAUUCAGACGAUUUUCAAGUAUUGGAAAAUGAUGAACCCGAAGAAGUAACAAUACCUUUUGAGAAUACUUUUGAUUUGGCCCUUCCAACUACACAUUCUUACUUAGGGAAUAAUUUAAAAGAACUCAGAGGAAGAACAUUGCUAGAUGAUGGAAUUUACAAGAAUUUGCCAUUGUUAAUUAAGAAUUCUAUUAUUUUAUUUCCUGGACAAACAUUACCAAUUAAUUCAGAAAGUAUAGAAAUUACUAAUGUGUUACAAACCUGCAUUCGAAGAGAUCAUAUAUUUGGUGUCAUAUGUUCAAACAAUGGUAAGACGGUACGUGUAGGUACAACAGCUGAAGUUUAUGAAUAUUAUGAUGGUGAUCUAAUAGGAAGAAGUUUUCGAUUAAAAGCCAAGGGUAGACAGCGAUUCAAAAUAAUAUGUAUUAUAAUGAAGGGCUAUGAUAUAGUUUCUGCAAAUGUUAAAAUAUUACCAGAAGUUACUUUGAAACAUCCAUUCUUGGAUUAUCGUUUAACUUCAUUAGAUUAUUUACGAAUACGACCGAUUACUCAAAAAGAAUGGAAACAGCAAGAUUUUGUUGAAAAAAUAGAUUCUACGAUAACUCCAUGGCCAUCUUGGGUAUAUAAACAGUAUGAUCCUUUGAGAUUGUCUUUGAAAAUACAGCAUCAUUUACAAUUUCUUGAAAAACGAGGUUGUAACAUACCUAAAGAUCCAAUUGAAUUAUCAUUUUGGGUUGCACAAAAUGUAUUAAUUGAUGAUGAUGAAAGAAUUGAUUUAUUAAAUUAUGAUUGUGCUAUUGCAAGGUUACAAAGAGAAAUAAAAUUUCUUAUUGAGGAUAGAUCAUUUGUUUGUAUACAUUGUGAUAAUUUCAUGACCCAUCAAUCAAAUAUGUUUCCAAUGAGUAAGGAUGGCCUUCAAAGUACGUAUUGUAAUGGCUAUGGUGUUAUAUUUGAAACAAUAACUGUCUACCAUGCAGAAGGAUUAAGGCUUAAUAUGGAUACAUAUUCAACGGAUUAUAGUUGGUUUCCAGGAUAUGCCUGGACAACAGCAAGUUGUAAUAUCUGUUUUUCUCAUGUGGGUUGGAAAUAUACAGCAGUAAAAAAUAAUUUGAAACCUAAAGUUUUUUGGGGCUUAACUCGUAGGGCUUUAAAAAAAAGAACAAAUAAUAAAGUAGAUGAUACAUCAGAUACCGACGCCAACCCAAUUGGCAAUUGAGAAAAUUUUUUAUAUUUCAUACAAAUCAUUGAUAUACUAUAGCUUUAUUGCAGUAAUUAUCAUUGUAGUAAAACUUAUUGCUUAGUUGUGUUAAUACAUCUUAAAAUGAAAUCAAUAAGAACCCUAAAGAAUGUAAAAGGUAGAAUGCACUUUGACAGAAUGAUAUUAACAAUUGUUUCUGUGCAUGAAUAUGUAUACACGUCACGUUUAGUAAAGACUUGCUGUAAUAGAGUGUAAAUAUUGUGUGGAUAAAAUCCGAGAUAGAUCAUGGUUUUACGAUUAUAUUAUUCAGAUUAACCGUUAUAUAUAUAUAUGGAAAGUAA